AAAAUGAUAAAAUAUAAACAAACUCCAAGUAAAGUAUAAUUCCCACUCAUUAGUUUGGCAGCCACAUGAAUAGCCUGCCAAUUCACCACCUGCCACCCAAAUCCACCACCACCGCCGCCGCCGCCGCCUCAUACACCGCCAUCUCCAGCUUUCUCUCAAUACCCAAUUUUUCUGCCGGACCACAAUCAUACUCCCUUCAUCGUCGCCGAUUUCGAAUCAACAAGUCCUUAUCACACUCAUCCUCGUACAGUAAUCAGAUGGCCGCUGCUAACUCCGACGAAAUUAGGGCGUCGCCUUCUCCGACGGUUAUCAGUCUGAAGCCCAUCGAAGCCACCCCUGAGAGCUUCCAUGAAUUCGGUCAGGUGAUAGUUGCCUCGCCGGACGGCGAUGAAUUUGGGCCGCGCGACGCACAGCUCGACCUCUCCCAUGGAAUCCCUAGGUUUUACAUAAUGCAUCUUGAGGACAGACCACUCGAGUUUUCGACAAUUACACACCACGCCAGCGUGACACAGUGCCUAGGUUCUAUCGGUGGUCAUGUUUGGUACCUCGGAGUUGCUAAACCAUCCACCAUUGAUCCAAGUGAAAUUACGGGAACCGUUGGAUCAAAUCUCGUCCAAUCACACUGUGGACAUUUCUACGCCCCUCCCAAAAUUGAUGAUGUUCGUGUUUUCAAGAUUGCGGGCCCCACGUUUUUGAAGCUGAAUCGGGGUACGUGGCAUGCUGGACCGUUGUUUCUUGAAAAGACAAUGGAUUUCUAUAACCUGGAACUGAGCAAUACUAAUGUGAUCGAUCAUACGACGCAUAAUUUUGCCAAGAAGAACAAUGUUAUUUUCUCUUUCGUUGAGUAGCAGUUGUCUGCCGAUGUUGAAAAUAUUUGUAUCUUUGUUUUUCUGUUGUUGUAUGAAACUUAGCUCGAGUUCGCAAUUUUAGCAAUAAGGAAAAUAGUAUGAUAUGUACAAGAAGAUUAUGAGUUAUGUUCUUUUAUCAAAGCUCAAUUCAGUUAAAAUAAACCAA